UUGUUUCUUCUUUUUUUAACUUUGUCUGGUUUUUGUUUUAUCCCCACUCUUCUUGCCUUGCAGAGCGUCGGCAUGGCUAACAAAGGUCCAUCCUAUGGCAUGAGCCGACAGGUUCAGGACAAGAUUGACAGCAAAUACGACCCGGAGCUGGAGCAGAUUCUGGUGGAGUGGAUCAGCCGUCAGUGUGGUUCUGGCGUGGGAAGGCCGGAAUCCGGCAAAAUGGGCUUCCAGGCUUGGUUGAAAGAUGGAUGUGUACUGGGCGAACUUAUAAAUAGCUUGUUCGCUGCCGAUAAACCUAUAAAGAAGAUCCAGAGCUCCCCAAUGGCUUUCAAGCAGAUGGAACAGAUCUCACAGUUCCUCAAUGCCGCCGAGAAGUAUGGCGUCACCAAAACUGACAUGUUCCAGACCGUGGACCUCUGGGAAGGAAAGGACCUGGCCGCAGUGCAGAGGACCCUGUCGGCCCUGGGCAGCUUGGCUGUCACCAAGGAUGAAGGCACAUACAACGGUGACCCUAACUGGUUCUUCAAGAAAGCGCAGGAGAACAAGCGAGAUUUCAGCGACGAGCAGCUGAAGGCAGGCAAAAGCGUGAUUGGCUUACAGAUGGGCUCCAACAAGGGAGCCAGUCAGGAAGGCAUGAGCUACGGAAGACCCCGGCAGAUCCUGUAAAAUUCA